ACCCCCAAUAAAAAAAUCACACUACUGCAACUAAGAUUUUUCUGUUAUCUUCAAGAAUUUUUUUUUUCUCUUCUGAUCGAAUAUGAAUUGUCUUCAGAAUCUUCCAAGUUUCAGAUCCUAUGCAUGGCCAUUUCAAGGUUUCAAGAGCUACCCAAGAAAACCCUUUUCAUGUUCCAUCAAUAUGAUGGGAGGGAUGGAUUUUAGUGAUAUACCGAGAAGUAUGGCAGUUAAGGCAAUUUCUGGUUCCACAUCAAGUGCAAAGCAGAGUAGCUCUGAAUCAGAGGGGGAAAAAUCCAACAUAUAUAGUCAUAAUAUGACAGAAGCAAUGGGUGCUGUUUUGACUUACAGGCAUGAACUGGGAAUGAACUAUAACUUCAUCCGUCCAGACCUGAUUGUGGGUUCAUGUCUGCAGGCUCCAGAAGAUGUUGACAAGCUUCGUAAAGUCGGAGUGAAAACCAUAUUUUGCUUGCAGCAAGAUCCAGAUUUGGAAUAUUUUGGGGUUGAUAUUGGUGCCAUUCAAGAUUAUGCCAAGAAAUGCAGUGAUAUUGAACACAUACGUGCUCAAAUAAGGGACUUUGAUUCAUUUGAUUUACGGAUGCGGCUUCCAGCUGUGGUUAGCAAAUUAUACAAGGCCAUAAAUCAGAAUGGAGGUGUGACGUAUGUACAUUGUACUGCUGGACUUGGAAGAGCUCCUGCUGUUGCGAUGGCAUAUAUGUUCUGGGUUCAAGGCUAUAAACUUAGCGAAGCUCACAGAUUGCUGCUGAGCAAGCGGUCAUGCUUCCCUAAAUUGGAUGCCAUCAAAAGUGCAACUGCUGAUAUUCUUACAGAUCUUAAGAGGGAGCUGGUCACUUUGACAUGGGAAGACAGCAAGUGCUCUACAGUGGAAGUUUCUGGACUUGAUAUUGGGUGGGGCCAGAGAAUACCUUUGAAGUUUGACAAGGGGCAUGGUUCAUGGACUCUCCAGAGAGAACUGCCUGAAGGACGCUAUGAGUACAAGUAUAUAGUGGAUGGGGAAUGGACAUACAAUGAAUUUGAGCUGGUAACAACUCCUAACAAAGAUGGCCAUGUCAACAAUUUUCUUCAUGUUGUGAACAAUGAUCCAAGCAGUGUUAAUGGGGCAGUUCGGAAGAGGUUGACUAGUGAGGAUCCUGAUCUUAGAAAGGAAGAACGGUUGAAAAUCAGACAGUUUCUUGAAGCCUACCCUGAGGAAGAGUGAACUGAAAAUGCAAGACAGGGCAUGUUUUCUUUUAUAUAUAAUUGGGGGAGGAGAGAUUUGAGCCCUGCUCUCUAGGCAGGGGAUUAUGCACCAAUCAAUGAGCCAAAUGCUCUGGUGCGCAAGACAGGGCAUGUUGUAGUAUAUAAAUGUAAUAUUUGCUUGGAAUAAGCAUGUAUCAUAGCAAUAUGAAACUGUUGUAGAAUAGUGAAUAAAUAAAAGUUGUUGCAUUUCUGCUAAGUUAUACUUGCAGAGUUUCAAUUGA